AUGACAAGCCAGCCGGCCCCCGAUCCACCUGGAAAUCUAACUGCCAGACUUGUGACAAUUGAUGAUCGAUGGCUCAUCAGUUGGACGGCACCACCUAUGGAUGAGGGUGGAGAAAACAACGGAGUGAAGAUUAUAGGUUACAGAGUUACAUUCAAUGAAACUGAAGUGAAACGAGUCUCUUCUCCGUUUUUAACAAGCGCCAUUGUGAUGUUGCCACGUUGUCCGAAUGCAGAAUUUCGAGGCACCAUAAAAGUGCAGUCGAUUGGUGCAAGCGAGGUGUUUUCUGAGGCGGUGGAUAUGGCGCUGAAUGCAGCAUAA